GCCCCGUUCCGCUCCUCGGCCGCCGGCCCGGAUCCCCGCAGCGCACCGCAGCGCAGCGCGACCCCCGCUUCCGGGCGGGGCGCGGCGCUGGGGGUGCAGUUCCGGGGGCGCGGGGCCGGGCGCGGAGCUGAGGCGCGGCCGGGGAUGGGCACCGCACCGUGCCCGGGCCGCCCCGCCGUAAGGAGCAAUUCCUAACGCACACCGACGCCUCCUUACAGAGCCGUCCCCCACACGGCCCGAGCGCUGCGGGGCCGCUCCCGGCGCCGCCGCCCCCCGCCCCAACCCCGAUCUUCUGUGCGCGGCACUGGCGCCCCCUGCCGGCCGGGAGGCGCGACGAGCACAGCCUCGUUACCACGGACGCUACGGCGGCACGUGACGCUGAGACGCCGCGCGCGAUAAUGACGCAAUCGAGGCGCCACGUCGGCUCUGCAGCCAAGAUGGCGGCGGCGGAGGGCAGCGGAGCGGCGGCGGCGGCAGCAGAGCCUCUGUUUGCAGGACUGGCAGAUGUGUCGAUAUCUGAGGAUAUCCCGGUGGAAGGGGAGAUCACUGUUCCUGUGGGCUCCCACUCCCCAGAGGAAGAUUACUCCACGCUGGAUGAACCUGUCAGGGACACCAUUCUGAGAGAUCUGAAGGCUGUUGGGAAGAAAUUUGUCCAUGUCAUGUAUCCAAAAAAGAGCAGCGCGCUCCUCAGAGACUGGGAUCUUUGGGGGCCUUUGGUGCUUUGUGUCUCACUUGCUCUGAUGCUGCAGGGGGGAUCAGCAGAUAGCAAGGAAGAUGGAGGGCCCCAGUUUGCUGAGGUCUUCGUCAUCAUCUGGUUUGGUGCAGUUGUCAUCACACUAAACUCAAAGCUUCUGGGUGGAACUAUAUCUUUUUUUCAGAGCCUGUGUGUUCUGGGUUACUGCGUCCUGCCCCUGACCGUGGCAAUGCUGGUGUGCAGGCUGGUGCUGCUGGCAGGUUCUGGCACUGUCAGCUUCAUUAUACGCCUGAUUGUAGUGAUUGCUAUGUUUGCUUGGUCAACGUUAGCAUCUACGGCCUUCCUAGCAGACAGCCAGCCUCCACACCGCAAAGCGCUCGUGGUGUACCCCAUCUUCCUCUUCUACUUCGUUAUCAGCUGGAUGAUUCUCACCUUUACACCUCAGUGAUGUCCAAUCGGAAGAGACUGUGUGACACAGCCUGAAGUUUUACGUGAACACUGCAGUCAAUCGUUGGCUUUAUCUCUUGUUAAUUUAUAUAUGGAGAUAGUCUAAAAAGGCUUCUUAUGGGAUAAAGCCAGAGAACUGCAAGACUGAUUGUGUGUUCUUGAAAGAUAUGGAAGUCCAGCUACUGAGGUUUUUUUUGUUUAAUUAGCCCUGCUCUUUAGUUGUGUUGAAUAAGAAAUGCACACUGUGACAGGGAAUAUUCUGCCUGAGGAAUUAGAGGGAGAGAUCUUGGAACUUCAGGAGUUAGAUAGGUGAAGUUACAGGAUCACACUGCCUGGCAGGGUUCUUGCUUACGCUUGGAUUCUUGCUCAGGGUGAACAUGCCUUACAUUGCUGUUAUGUGCUGGGUGGGUAAGGAAGAAUUCAUUUGAUUCCUGUUCUUUUUCGUUCACUUACAGAGUGGAGAAAUGUAUAUAAAAUGCAUCACAGGACUGUAAGCUUUCACUUUGAGAUCACAUCUCAGCAAAAAAUAAGUUGGGUCCAGUUUGCUGUUAACUGGAGCUGGGCAGAAGGGACUGCCUUUGCUCCUAUUAACAUUCUCUGUAUUUAUGUUUUGCCGACUUCAGCGCCAAGAAAGUGUGUUUUAGCCAAAUGUCUCCAACUCCGUGGCUACGCUGACUAAUCCAUACAUACAGUGAGAGGGGGUGCUUAAGUAGGUAGUGUUAAAUCUUUUUGUGUUCCUCUAGAUUAAAAUGUCCUGGGAAAACAGUGAAGGCUGUUUUGCAGCAGGGGCCUGCCCAGUACUCUACGUAUUGGUUAAAAAUGGAUGUAGAAGUGUCUGGGGAGUAUAGAAUGUAUCUCUUAAUAAUAAUUGAGAAGUUGAGAUUUUGAUAGGUGAAGUGUUCAGAUGGUAACAUACCAAACCAGGGCACGGGUCAAACAGUUUUAGAAUGGGUUGGUUGGAGGAAGGAAAAUAAAUCUGAUGAAGGUGGUGGCUGUUACGAGGUAGGAUACAAAUUCUGAUCUUGAUUGCUUGUACGUGACCUUCAUUUGGUUGUUUACAUGGUUGGUGUUUCCACAUAAAUGCAAGCAAAUUUGCAGAUUGUUCCUUUGUACCUAAAAUGAAAUGUGAGAAGCUUUUCUAUAUUCUCUUUCCCCAACACUUUUUAUAAAAGGAGAGGGGGAGGUUUCUUCUCCAGUGGGCCGUCCUGUCUGGAGAACCAUGCACAAACAUGUAAGUGUGUGAUUUGUAUUUCAGCUUAGGGAUCGAGUGAGGGCUGGCACAUUGCUUGCUGAAGACUGUACAGAAGUUCUUUAUGUUGCCUGCUGUUCUCAGUGGGCAGUCCAGGGGGGAGCUUUGGAAUGCUUUGGGGGUGGAAAAGCUGCUGUUAAAAUGUCGUCUUUUUUUUUUUCUCUUUCUGAAAAUGGGCUUUGAAUUUUCUUUCUCCUGUACUAAUGCAAACGGACCUGAAACUGAUGUAAGUGGGUCCUGUUAAAGUGUAAAUACACCUAAUUUAUAUUUAUAGAGAAGAGUGCCGUUUCUGCUAUAAACACUACAAAUACUUGGUAACUGGGAUGGAAUUGCUAAAUGUGCAGGCUGAUGUCACAUUGCUGCACUUCUGAGAGGGUGGAGAAGAGGAAGGGAGGAAAUCAGGUAACGGGGAGCUCUGGGUUGUUGCAGAGCAGGCAGCAGUGGGCAUGUGGGGCUGAGAGCAGCUGUGUGCCUGCUGGGGCUGUGUCUGCUGCAGGAGGAGCUGCAGCGUUUCCUAUACUUGAGUGUCAGAUGAAGAUGGGAAUACUUUUAAAUGUCCAUUAAAUUAUUACCAUUAAGGAAUGUGAUUUUCUUUAAAGUGCUGCUUUCCUUUCGUUGAAACGUUGGUUGAGCCUUCUGAAGUUGGAAAGGACUAUUCAAGAGAAGGAGAAAGACACAAAGCUAUUCACUGCUCAAGUUGGAUUCUUUGAGGAAAAACUCCCGUUUCAGCACAAGACUUUUACUGUGCUUUUGCAGAAAUCCUGGGAAUUCUGUCUCUGUAGUAUUGAAUGUCCAGCCUUGUGAGUUAAUGUGUUGUUGUAUCAGAAAGAUAAUUGGAAUUGCAUUUGAUCUGGCAUCUUUUUGAAAAGAAGGGAAAUGAUUUUUAAAGAUGAAUUAAACAAAAUCCCAGCUUUUUCCUUGUUUGUUUUUGACUUAGGUAGAAGUCUGGUGGUGGCUUGUUCUGUAACACAGGGCUUUUGGCUUAUCCACGGCAGUUAUUUUUAUAUCAACGAGAUUUACUUUCCAGCUGAUCACUGCAGAUUUCAGAAGUGCUGUAAAUCUGAAAGAAUGAACAGAGAGAUACUGGUGAUGUGGUGGAGGUUUGUUUUUUUAACUUGCAAUCCUUCAGCAUGGAAACCAUCACCUAAAGGUGUGAAAGCAGGAUGUGUAGUGCUGAAGACUUGCUGCAGCUGGCUGGGGGCAGGCAGGGAACCAGAUUUUCCUGAGCUUCGUGUCUCCAGUUGAAUAAAUGAUAGCUCAA